AUGCGUGAUGACGCACAAAAAUAUGAGUCAUUUUGGCAUAACGCACAGCAGAGAGGUGCUCUUCAUAAUGAAUUUAAUACUAUCAUCUACCGCUUCAAGAUAGUCAGCUAUAACCAAAAUGAGUCUAUGGACACCAGUUUGCAGUCAAGCACAGCCAGCCAGGAUAUCACCCGAGGGCAUAAAUUGGCCGGAUUGGGUUUAAAAUUACCAGAAUAA